AACGAAUAUUUAUUUUGUCGUCCAAUUUUUCCUGCUAUCUCGUUGUUAGAGAUUGUCGCUGGGAUAAUCCGGUUGUGAAUGGACGUUUGAAGCUUUUCCAGCAUUUUGAACCGGAAUCUUUUUUGCUUUCCCAUAUUUGCUUCCCUAUUCGGGCUCGUUCCGAAACGUGAAAGAGUGAAAAAAUGGGGAAAUGGACGGAACUCGGAUUGUCGGGUCGUGAAAAUGCAACAAAUGUCUCGUCGCGAGCCAUAACUGACAAGUCCUUUUUGCAGUACUACGAUGAAAUUCAUAUUCCUCUUUCAAUUUCUAUCUGUAUAUUCGGAGCCGCUUCAAACGUCUUCAAUAUUAUUGUGCUCACAAGAAAACGGAUGCGAACCCCAAUAAACAUCCUGCUCACAGGUCUCUCCAUUGCACAAUGGCUCCUAGCGACCAAUUACUUCCUUUACUUAUUGCUUGAGUAUUAUAGAUAUCAAUGUGUUCAAUUAUUAUGGUCCGAAGCAUUUACAAGAUAUAGAUUCUUCAAUGUCAACCUGAAUACAGUAUUUCAUACAAUUGCAUUCACAACGACGAUCGUUGUCGCAGUGUUUCGGUAUUGUGCACUGAAGUUUCCAAUUCAAGCGAAUAGAUUCAUCUAUAAAUGCCAGCCAGCAAUCGCAGCAAACGUUAUCAUUUGGAUCAUCAUUCCUAUCAUCAGUCUUCCAUUGUUUUUCAUAUCCGAGGUUAAAAUUGUCGCUCGUGACCACGUUGCUUAUGAUUUGCAAUGCGAAAUGGAAGGUCCAUUGUACGACCUCAGUUAUCAAGAGAGUCCACUUCUCGUGUCCGCAGUUUUCUGGGCAUUUGGUAUUGUGUUCAAACUACUUCCGUCGUUAAUUCUCUCAAUACUACUCAUUGCUCUUAUAAGAUCUUUGAAAAGCGUAGAACGAAGGCGUAAAAACUGGAAGCGUACACAAGGUGCCAACAUUUGCACCAACUCCGAGAGAAAAGCAAAAAGAAAGUUGACGACCAGACCGCGCACAACACGAAUGCUCGUCAUCAUUCUACUCCUAUGUGUAAUGGUAGAACUACCCAUGGGUAUUCUUAACUUGUGCGUGGCUAUCUACGGUGAAGAGUUCGGAAAUCGGUAUUACGAUCCAGUGGGAAAUCUGAUGGAAAUGCUGACGCUGUUGUACAGCUCUGUUAGCUUCGUUCUCUAUUGCACCAUGUCCAAUGAGUAUCUCUCCACGUUCCGAGCACUAUUCUUCCCAUGGACCAGAAAGAAUAGUUUAAGAGGAACUCGAAGAAGUUGGAAUCAUCGACAUGACGACGAAACAAAGUCCCCACGAACUUUUCUGAUAAAUAGAACUGCGCCAAGCUCAUAUGUCGGGUCUUAAUCUCCUUUGCGUAGUUAUUCAAUUCAACUAUAAUUCUUGAUUUUUGUAUUUAUCCCGUUGUGAACUUCAAUUCGUCUGAAAAAUUUGAAAGUCACAAGUUUGAAAAUGUGAUUCUUGUUUAUCUUGAAAUCUUCCGAGAAUGAAUAAAACUUGUAUUGUUUUACU